AUGAGAACCAUAAUUACCAUUGCAGUUGCACUAUUUAUCGGUGCUAUCUCGGCUAGAGAUUACCAAAGAGCUCCAACAAGAGCGGGUGAAACUCUCAGCCAAAGUCUCUAGAAGCUAGUAAACCAAAACGGUAUCUAUGAACCCCUUGGUAUGAAAUACUAAGGUCCUGAUGGCCUCAGUGUUGAGAGAAGCAUCUGGAACAAGAUGGGAGAUGGCUUCAAGAAAGCUGGUAAAGGUAUUGAAAAGGGAGCUGAGUAUGCUGCUCCAUAUGCUAUUCCAGCCCUUGAACUAGCUGGUGAAUUUGGAGGUCUCUCCGUUGAGGAUCCAAUGAUCUAUGAUGGAUAUUUCCCACAAGUCGAGACCAGCUUCUUCAAGAAGAUUGGACACGGCCUUAAGAAAGCUGAGCCUUAUAUUGUUCCAGCUAUUAAAAUCGCUGGUGAACUCGGCGGUCUCUCAGUCGAAGAACCAUACAUGACCGAUGAGGUCUAUAGAUACUACCCACGUGUCGAGACUAGCUUCUUCAAGAAGAUUGGUCACGGUCUUAAAAAAGCUGAACCAUACAUUGUACCUGCUAUUAAAAUCGCUGGAGAACUCGGAGGUCUCUCAGUUGAAGAGCCAAUGGGUUAUUACGAUACAUAUAUCUACCCAAGUGUUGAGAGAAGCAUCUUUAACAAAAUCGGAGAUGGCUUCAAGAAAGCUGGCAAAGGUAUUGAAAAGGGAGCUGGGUAUGUUGCUCCUUAUGCUAUUCCUGCUCUUGAACUUGCUGGAGAAUUCGGCGGUCUCUCUGUAGAAGAGCCACUAUUCCUUGAUGGAUACUACCCAGAGGUUGAGAGAAGUAUUUUCAACAAAAUUGGAGAUGGCUUCAAGAAAGCUGGCAAAGGUAUUGAAUAUGGAGCUAAGAAAGCUGCACCAUACGCUAUUCCUGCUCUCGAAAUUGCUGGUACCAUUGCUCUUGGAGGACUCUCAGUUGAGGAGCCAAACGUCCAACAAGUCUUCUAUGGUCCUAACUAUUAUCCAUACCCAUAUCCAUAUCCAUAUUAUGAUUGA